CUUUGUAUAAGCCAUGGGGGCACUUUUGCGUGAGACACUAUAUAACGACCCAUUCCCAUGAAAAAAGGCUUUGGGAGGCGACUAUUGGAAUCCGCUUCAAAAUCAAGAACAAGAAAUGAAGGCUUCUCAGUCCAUCACACUUGCUAUAUUCGUGCUCCUGCUUGUAACUGCCAGUGUGGUGCAGAAGGGAGAGGGGCUUACUUGUGGGAGCACAUUCUUCUCAGCAAUGGUUCAGCUGAUACCGUGCAGGGCAGCUCUAGCUCCUUUUAGCACCAUCCCACCCAGCGAAGCCUGCUGCAAAGCCAUCAAAACUCUUGGGCAGCCAUGCUUGUGCGUCCUGGUGAAUGGCCCCCCAAUCUCUGGCGUCGACAGGAACAUGGCCCUGGAGCUCCCUGACAAGUGCACUGCCAACUUCGCACCCUGUGAUAUGAUGAAGUAGAUGGUGAGCAAGAACACCUCGAGGUGAUGGUAAUAAAUAAUACACUGGAAUGCUAUGACAAUCUUAGUACUUCUGACCAUAAGAAGAUCAAGAAAGAUCAUGUACUGGGUCCUCUGUGGAAUAAAGCUUCAACUUUGUUUUUAGA